AUGGGGACUUCGAGACCUGAGGAUUAUGAAAUCUUUGUUGAGUUCCAUGGAGUUCUAAUGGAUAGACGGUUCACCAAAUAUUGGGAUGAUGUUGAAACAUUCUUGGCAAGGCCAGAUGAUAUUGUCAUUGCUACUUAUCCUAAAUCUGGUACCACAUGGGUUAGUGAAAUUGUAUAUAUGAUCUAUAAAGAAGGUGAUGUGGAAAAAUGCAAGGAGGAUACGAUUUUUAAUAGAGUACCUUAUCUGGAAUGCAGAGAUGAAGAGUUAAUAAAUGGAGUAAGACAACUAAAAGAGAAGGAAUCUCCCAGAAUAGUGAAAACUCACCUGCCACCCAAGCUUCUUCCAGCAUCAUUUUGGGAAAAGAACUGCAAGAUGAUCUAUAUUUGCCGGAAUGCCAAGGAUGUGGUGGUUUCUUAUUAUUACUUUUUCCUAAUGAUAGUGAGCUAUCCAAAUCCUGAAUCCUUUUCAGAAUUUGUGGAAAAAUUUAUGCAAGGACAAGUUUUGUAUGGUUCGUGGUAUGAUCACGUAAAAUCUUGGUGGAAAAAAAGUAAGAAUUCACGUAUAUUAUUUGUGUUUUAUGAAGACAUGAUAGAGGAUAUCAGAAGAGAAGUGAUAAAAUUGAUAGAAUUCCUAGGGAAGAAGCCCUCAGAGGAGCUCAUAGAUAAGAUCAUUCAUCACACUUCAUUCCAGGAGAUGAGGAACAAUCCAUCUACCAAUUAUACAACAAUGCCAGAGGACAUGAUGACUCACAAAGUUUCGACUUUCAUGAGAAAAGGAAUCGUAGGGGACUGGAAGAACCACUUCACAGUAGCACUGAGGGAGAAAUUUGAUGAGCACUAUGAGCAGCAAAUGAAGGAAUGCACCCUCAAGUUUAGAGAAGAGCUCUGAGAUGCUUCCUUUUCUUGUAUCUGAAAUUGGAACAUUCUUCAAUUUAUCCUCCAGUUUCUGCUGGUUUGCCUGUCAGUAGAAGUAGACGUCUUUUGAAUGCUGAGAUUUAAUUUCUUUCUCUCUUUUUUUAAACUUCCAUAUCAAUUUAAUUUCUGACAGCAAAUUAUUUU